AUGCCUACCAUCCCCUCCGAUCCUACCAACUUCCCAUCGCUGGAAAGCCAAAAGGAAGGCCAGAAGGGAGCAGAGGACAAGCCCAAGGCAACUGCACAGGACUUUCAGUCGAAGGGCCCGCAGAUUCCAGACAGCAUGCCACCCAAAGCCUCCCGAGAGGAGAUCGAGGCGCGGAUGAAGGAGCUGAACAAAUAA